GGCUGGACCGGAGCAGGCGGAGUCACAGCGUGCCUGGCCCGCCCCGCUGGGUGCGUUGCGGCUGUGCGUGGUGGCCUGCUGGCCUGCUAGCUAGAAUGUGAUUUCAUAUUGGACAAGCGAAGGACCAUGAUGUCUGCUGGAGACCAGGAGCCAGGUCACUACUACGUGGGCAUCGAUGUUGGAACAGGUAGUGUCCGUGCAGCUCUGGUGGACCAGCAAGGGAUCCUGCUGGCUUUCGCAGAAGAGCCGAUUAAGCAGUGGGAGCCCCAGGUCAACCACCAUGAGCAAUCCUCUGAGGACAUCUGGGCAGCGUGUUGCCUUGUCACCAAGAAAAUUGUGCAAGGGGUUGAUGUACACCGAAUCCGAGGACUUGGGUUUGAUGCCACGUGCUCUUUGGUUGUCUUGGAUAAACAGUUUCAUCCUUUACCAGUAAACCAUGAAGGGGAUUCCAAGCGAAACGUUAUUAUGUGGCUGGACCAUCGAGCAGUCAGCCAGGUUCACAGGAUCAAUAAGACCAAGCAUGGUGUCCUUCAGUACGUGGGUGGUGUGAUGUCUGUGGAGAUGCAGGCCCCAAAGCUCCUCUGGCUGAAGGAGAACUUGAGAGAGACUUGCUGGGACAAGGCGGGACAUUUCUUUGAUCUCCCAGACUUCUUAUCAUGGAAGGCAACAGGUGUCACAGCACGGUCUCUCUGCUCCUUGGUCUGCAAAUGGACAUACUCAGCGGAGAAAGGUUGGGAUGACAGCUUCUGGAAGAUGGUUGGUUUGGAAGAUCUCAUUGAUGAUAAUUACAGCAAAAUAGGAAAUCUCGUGCUGCCUCCUGGAACUUGUCUUGGAAGUGGGCUCACACCAGAGGCAGCCAAGGAGCUGGGUCUUCCCUCGGGGAUUGCUGUGGCGGCUUCACUCAUCGACGCCCAUGCAGGAGGACUAGGAGUGAUUGGAGCAGAUGUGAGAGGUCAUGGCCUCAUCUGUGAAGGACAGCCAGUGACGUCACGGCUGGCUGUCAUCUGCGGAACAUCAUCUUGUCACAUGGGGAUCAGCAAAGAUCCAAUUUUUGUACCGGGUGUGUGGGGACCGUAUUUCUCAGCCAUGGUCCCUGGCUUCUGGCUGAAUGAAGGUGGUCAGAGUGUGACGGGAAAACUGAUAGACCAUAUGGUGCAGGGCCAUGCUGCCUUUCCUGAACUACAAGCCAAGGCCACGGCCAGAUGCCAGAGUAUAUAUGCAUAUUUGAACAGUCACCUGGAUCUGAUUAAGAAGGCCCAGCCUGUGGGUUUCCUCACUGUUGAUUUACAUGUUUGGCCAGAUUUCCAUGGCAACCGAUCUCCUUUAGCCGAUCUGACUCUAAAGGGCAUGGUCACUGGGUUGACACUGUCUCAGGACCUUGAUGAUCUCGCCAUCUGCUACCUGGCCACUGUUCAAGCCAUCGCUUUUGGGACUCGUUUCAUCAUUGAGGCCAUGCAGGCAGCGGGACACUCUCUCAGUACCCUCUUCUUAUGUGGAGGCCUAAGCAAGAAUCCCCUUUUUGUGCAGAUGCAUGCUGACAUUACUGGCAUGCCUGUGGUCCUGUCACAAGAGGUGGAGUCUGUCCUCGUGGGUGCUGCUAUUCUGGGUGCCUGUGCCUCUGGGGACUUUACAUCUGUGCAGGAGGCAAUGGCAAGAAUGAGCAAAGUGGGGAAAGUUGUGUUCCCGAGACAUGAGGAUAAAAAAUAUUAUGACAAGAAAUAUCAAGUAUUUCUCAAGAUGGUUGAGCACCAGAAGGAAUAUUCAGCAAUCAUGAAUGGAAAGUGAGCAGCAUUUGUGAGUGAAGACUCCAUACCAUUUGUUAGGCAUCCCUGUGUUUUCAGCUUAUGGCCAGUGCUCUGUAGGUACCAUUUUGGCAUGCCUGUCUUAUCUCCUAAUAAAAACUUGGACAUGCACAAGCAUAACUGGAGUUGCUCAUGUCUAUGUCCAGAUGCUGAAGUUAUUUACUUGGCCAUUUCUGGUAGCAGAAGCUUCGUAAAGGAUCAUGGGAUCUAAGACAGACCUUGGAGCAUCAUUCAUCCUGUGGAGACUUGUUCAUUCUUCCCAUGGUGGCUUUUAAACCUGAUUCACUUUGCUUUAAGUGGAAGAACCUGAUGCUCAUCCUGUAUACUACAUUAGGUUAGCUCCUACUACAUGUUAGGGUCAGGCACCACUUUUAACUGCAGAAUCAUCAUUUUGCAGCCAUCAUAUUAAAGAUAGAUGUUCAAGAGCCAUCCAUAGAUCCCGGAGGAAACUCUGAUAAGUAACAGGAUGUAUAAUUGCUCUCUAAAAUGCUACUUCACCAAUGAUUGGUUGCAAGAAGGAAAAAAAAAAAAGAAUGUCAAAUAUACAAAGAAACAGGGCACCACACAGCACCUUUGCUGACUUCAGAUGACCAAAUGUGCACCAUGUGCUUCCGGAUGUGACAGUCUGGUGAAGAAGCAGCAUCGCCCUUGCUGGGAUUGCAUAGUCCAAACAGAAUGGUUAGGGAACCUCAGACAAACCUCAGCUGAGACACGUUCCAUUUCCACAGGCUGUAGUAUUCAAAACCGUCUUACAUGAAGACAAAGACCAAGACAAGCUUCUAGCCAGAUCCCACCUCACAAAACAUAUGGGGAUGGAGCGUUUACAAAUAUAGGGAUAUUUGACACCAAAACUUCAACCACAGAAAUCACCUGUGAUUCCAUGCCCAUAAUUUUCUAAUGCCGUUUCUAGAGUUGCCAUGGCACAGGAGGCUUUAAGUAGAGGACAUACUGACAACAGCAGCGUAGAACAGUACAAUGCCAUCUA